AUGACUUUGGAAACCUUUGAGGAUAAAGCAAAAGAUCUCUUGUAAAAGAGUUCAAGUUAAAGACCUAAUAAUAUGUUUUAGAUAUAAAUUCAUUAAAAAAAGCAUGAUUAUGGUGGGGAUAAUAUUAAGCCGUCAAAAUAAUAAAUAAUUUAAAUCCCUUCUUAGCAUUUAUAUAUAAACGAUCUUAUGACAGAUCUAACACCAUAUAACAUUUCAUAUUUGAUAUAAUAAAAAGCUGACAUAGAUAAAAACUUUUGCCCAGAGUAGCUAGAUGACUAUAAAUAUAAAAUCACAUAAAGUAAAACUGUAGUAGAUUUUGAUUAUGAUGAGGAAACAGACGAAUUAAUAGAAGUUGAAGUAUAAUAAAAAUCUGAAUAUUAUUUAUAUAUUUUAAAAAUAUCUAAUCUAGAAAAUAUGUACACAGUUAAAUUCUAAAAUAUAACGAAAUAAUAUGACAUAGAAUUCCAAAAUAAUAAAAAUGAUUUUUAGGAAUAUUUAAAGAAAUUUUGA